AUGUGCGACAGAGGUAUGCGUUGGUGGGGCAAGGCAUUCACCCCGCUGGUGCUCAAGUGCAAGGAGCUGGGCCGCGCCAUGCGCAUCGGCACCAACCACGGCUCCCUUUCCGCCCGCAUCCUGUCGUUCUACGGCGACACGCCUCGCGGCAUGGUGGAGUCAGCGUUUGAGUUUGCGGAGAUCUGCCGGAAGCAUGACUACCACAAUUUCCUUUUCUCCAUGAAGGCAUCCAACCCCCUCGUCAUGGUCUCGGCGUACCGCCUGCUGGCUGAGGAGAUGUAUGCGCGCGGCUGGGACUACCCCCUGCACUUGGGCGUCACAGAGGCGGGCGAGGGCGAGGACGGCCGCAUGAAGUCGGCCAUCGGCAUCGGCGCCCUCCUCAUGGACGGCCUGGGCGACACCAUCCGCGUGUCCCUGACUGAGGACCCGGAGUACGAGAUUGACCCCUGCAGCCGCCUGGCCAACCUCGGCAAAGCCGCCGCCACCGCCGGCUGGGGUGUGGCACCGUUCCAGGAGUCGCGCGACACCCACAGCUUCAGCCGGCGCGUGGGGGAUCUGCCGCAGCAGAAAGACGGCGAUGCGCUUGACUACCGCCCGCUGCUGCACAGGGACGGCACCGUGUACAGCGCAGUGACACCCGCUGCGCUGGCCCAGCCCGAGCUGCUGUACCGCAAGCUGGGGGCCAAGCUGGUGGUGGGCAUGCCCUUCAAGGACAUCGCCACGUCGGACGCGAUAUUCAUGCGGGAGCUGCCGCCCAGCAGCGACAAGGAGGGCCGCCGCGCGCUGCGCCGUCUCCAGGAGGUGGGUGUCCACGUCAUCUCCCCAGCUGCCACCCUGGCGGUUGACCCGCUGGAGGGGGCAGUGGCCCUGGUGCCGCUCAAGGACGCUGCCUCAGGUGCCGUGCAGCUGCCGCAGGGCGCUGCCCGGCUGGCGCUGGAGAUUGACGGCACCGAGUCGGACGCGCAGCUCGCCGCUGCCAGCACCUUGGGGGCGGUCGUCGCACUCCUCAACGUGGCGGACGGCACCAGCCGGGUGCACGCGAGUCGCCGGGUCUUCCAGGCUCUGAAGGACGCGGGGGUCACAAUCCCCGUUGUGCACCACAUUCGGUUCGGGGAGGGCGCGGUGCGGGACGAGAUUGUCAUCAACACGGGCAGCAUGGUUGGCGGCCUGCUGGUUGACGGCCUGGGCGAUGGUGCCAUGAUCGAGGCGCCGCACGAGGACCCCGAGUUCCUGCGCACCACAGCCUUCGGCCUGCUGCAGGGCUCGCGCAUGCGCAACAUCAAGACAGAGUACGUGUCCUGCCCCAGCUGCGGCCGCACACUCUUUGACCUGCAGGAGGUGACGGAGCAGAUUCGCCAGAAGACAGGCCACCUGCCGGGCGUGGCGAUUGCCGUCAUGGGCUGCAUUGUCAACGGCCCCGGGGAGAUGGCAGACGCCGACUUUGGCUACGUGGGUGGCGCCCCGGGCAAGAUCGACCUCUACGUGGGCAAGGAGGUCGUCAAGAGGGCCAUCCCCAUGGAGUCGGCCUGCGACCAGCUGGUGCAGCUGAUCAAGGACAACGGCCGCUGGGUGGAGCCCCCCAAGGAGGAGGAGGAGGAGCAGCAGGCUGUGGCCGCGGUGGCAUGA